CCAUUGUCAUAUGCAAACACAGGCGGUGUUACGACAGUUUUAUGAUCUGCACUUUAAUACCAGCUCUGUGUUUACAACUGAUUUUGCAGGUAGAGCUUCAGAGCAAGCUGCGUCUCAUCGUCCCUCAAAAGGCCGACAGUAUCUCCGUGGGUGUCCCUGUGACAGACGCCAGGCUGCUAGAAAUAUUACUUCAUUCUAUCUGCGUACGACAGAGGUGCGUCAUUGGCUGGACUGCACCCUACAAUACUAGUGCUCGGCAUCGCGUCAUUCAUUCCGAAGGGACCCACCUGGAACACAUAUGUGACUUAAACUCGCGUAUCUACAUAUCGCCAUGGGCAACUCAGGAUCCAAGCGAGGAAAAGGGAAUAUGGCCUCGAAUGAAAACUCCAUCCUCCAGUGCGGAGACAGGUUGUGCAGCUUGACGACCAUCACUAGACGCUGCUAUGACCGCCAGGUAAAUGUAGCGCGGAAACUGAAGGAAUUAGCAGAUGAGCUGGACAAACAACAAGGGGGUAUGGACAAAGCUAAGAUAGGACUGACGGCGGUGAGCGCAGCUGUAGCAGCUGCCAGCUUCGGGCUCGGCUUCGUCACAUUUGGAGCUUCGCUUGUACUGACAAUUGUUGGCGCCACAGUAUCGGCUGCAAGCGCUGCAGGCGCCAUAGCUACGUCCGUGGCAGAGAAGGCCAUCAAGAACAAGAAGAUGAAGGAGGCCAACGAGGCUAUAUUGUCGUACACAGAGGCAGUAACCGAAUUUGCUCCCGUGUUGGAACACUUUUGUGCUGGUCUGUCCACUGACGAGGAAAGACAGAGAAUGCGUGAGGUUCUCACUGAUGCAACCAUACCAUCAGACAGUGUCCGUUUCAGUGGGAUAGAUAGCGGAAGUGACCUCUGUGAAACAUGUGCCAAAGGUCAUAAGAUUGUGGCAACAGCUCUUCGCGUCCAGGAAGCUCUGCAGUUGAAGGGACCGAACAAGGGGCGAGUGGAAUCAGGUGCUGAAGUGGCGCGAUGGACACUGGGCAUGCUGACAGAAGCGUCAUCGUUUGGCGCAGAAGCUUUCAAAACACUGAAUUCGGCUGCCAAGGUUAUCAAAAUUGGCGGUGCAGCCUUAGUUGGCGUUGGUCUGAUCAUCGAUGUAGGAUCUAUAAUAUAUUACAGCAUCAAGGUCCACAACAAACAGCCUUCAGAGGUUGCUCAGCUGUUUCGUAUAAUGGCUGACGCAUUCAAACAAUAGGCAGUUUCAGCCUGUUACAAUAUCUUUGUGUAGAUACCAAGGAGGCACAUGCCACGUAACCACGACAGCCUGAAACAGAAAUUCAUGAUGCAGACAAAGCCGAACCAACUGACGAAGCUGUCGUAUUUUCCUGUACUCCAAUCCAUGUAAAUCACCGUAUAUGUGCAGUAACUGUGUCAGAUUGUUAUAUCUGAAAUUAUCAACCGUAACGCAUAAAUUUAAUAACAUAUGUGGAAACUAUUUUGAAUAAAUGUUAAUUAAUAAAUUGCAAAUGACAUCAUGACAUUUUAAUGUGCCAAUUUGUUUUGCGUUUAUGUUUCCAUAAACAAAAAAAGCCACGCCCACUAGCAGACUACUGUUUCCUGAUUGGCUGACAAUAGAGUGGGCGAGGCUUGGGUUGCAUUACUGCACUGCCCGUACCGUUGUCUACAGCUUUUGUAUGUUACUGAUUAUAAAAGUAUAUGAAGUUA